CUUCCCGGCGGCCUCGGGACUCUGUGGUGCGCGGCGAGGUUUAAUGGCGGCCCCUAGUACCGCGGCUCUGGUGGGGGGCACUCGGGAGUCGGGUUCCGGGGUGGCGGCACAAGGGCGGAAGAAAGCCUACGGCAAGGGUGAUCCUCAUAGAAACUACUAAAGACUACAAAGAAUUGAUUCUAGGCAAAGUAACAGUGAAAUAGAUUAUACUGAUCAAGUAACAUGGAUCCAUGUUCAGUUGGAAUUCAGCUCCAUACUGCUAAUGAAUGUCAUAAGAUAUACUAUACCCGUCACGCUGGCUUCAAGACUAAGCAAGAUCUAUCUUCAUCCGAUCUGCUACUACUUCAGCUUAGGACUGGAAUGACUCUUUCUGAGAACAAUACAAUCUGCUUCCAUCAUGCAAAAAUUUACAUUGACAGAUUUGAAGAUCUGCAAAAAUCAUGUUGUGACCCAUUUAACAUACACAGGAAAGUAUCAAAGAAAAACUUGCGUGCAAUCGACUUAGAUGAUGCAGCUUUUCUAAGUGCCAAGUUUGGAAGACAGUUUGUACCUGGUUGGAAGCUUUGUCCAAAGUGUACACAGAUAAUCAAUGGAAGUGUGGAUGUUGACACUGAAGAUCGCCAAAGAAGGAAACUUGAUUCAGACGGGCGAACAGCUAAAGCUUUGAAGUCCUUGCAGUUUGCUAAUCCAGGACGACAGACUGAAUUUGCUCCAGAAAGCAGUAAAAGGGAAAAGAGAAGGCUACAAACAAAAAGCACGUCGGUUAAUUCGGACAGGCAAGUAAUCCCAGCAAAGAGUAAAGUCUAUGAUAGCCAGGGACUUCUGCUUUAUAGUGGGAUGGACCUCUGUGACUGUCUUGAUGAAGAUUGCCUGGGAUGCUUCUAUGCUUGUCCCAAGUGUGGUUCCAACAAAUGUGGAGCUGAAUGCCGCUGUGAUCGCAAGUGGUUAUAUGAACAAAUUGAGAUAGAAGGAGGAGAAAUUAUUCGCAAUAAGCAUGUGGGUUAAUUUAUAAGUUUUUGUGUUGCAUUCCAAUACAGAAUUUGAUGGUCCAAUGAAAAUCAAUGGAACCUAUCAUAACGCACAUGAACAGUCUGUUUAGACUUACAAAUUCAUUGUUUGAUAUGGUUUUAGAAAGGUUGUUACUCAUACUAAUUGUGUAUUGUCACACUUCAUUCCACCUUGUACUCAUCCAUACAAACCAGCAAAAAAGGCUGGAACAAUGCAGGUGCUUGACUGUUCAGUGAGAGUUUGAAACUGAGUGGCUGGUUAAGUGCUAAAAGAAAUUUGGGAUUAGCUGCUGCAUAUGCCCUGCUCUGUAGAGAGGGCUCUUUCUCCAUGCCUCUCUCCUUUCUCCCUCUCCCCUUGAAGACUUGGUGUUCAUGUUUUUUUUUACUAUCUUUUAAAAAUAAAUGUAGUCUCUUUAAGUUUAAAAUGUAAGCAGUGGCAAUCAUGACCAGUAUUAGCAGGUGUAUAACAAAUACUAAAUGCUGUAUUUUCUAAAAUGAGUCUUGGGACUGUUAUAACAUAGUUAAACAUCUAACAAUAUAGGGGCUAAAUCACCAUGUUCAUUGCACUGGUUUGCUAUAAAUAUACUUUUAAAAUAUAAAUAAGCUCUGUCCUAGUUAUUUUAACAGUAUUUAGCACUUAGGGGGUGCUCUCUCACAGAUAGCAGUUGAAGUUUCUGCUAGUUGCACCAUUGUAAAAGAACUAAUAUUUCAGGAUAGGGAAAAUCCUGACUUUAACACCAAAGUUAUAAAGACUGUCAGCACUACUUGUACAAACCCAUUGUUUUGGAGCUUGAUAACUGGUAUGUGUGCUUACAAAAAAAACAACCUUUCCUGAAUGAAAUUUGGCACGUACUGUGUCUAUUCAGUUUUGAAAUAAAACUCAAUAACCAACUGAUUCCUAAUGACAGGAGCACAGUUAUGGAGGCAGGAUUCAGCAACACAUUGUUUAAACAGAUCUUUCCCAGGUAACCUAGCUGUGGUUUGUCUUCUGUUUUUUGUUUGUGGUGGUCGUUGGGAUGGGAAAAGGGUGCCUUUCUUUUGAAGAUACCUUAGUAUUACAGUACAUUUGCGAAAAAUAUUUAAACAAUCACAGAUUCUUGCUAAAUAGAUGAAAUAAAGUGGCUUAGAAUCAUAGGCCUAGUCUACACUGGGGGGGUGGAAUCGAUCUAAGUUACACGACUUCAGCUACGUGAAUAACAUAACUGAAGUCGACGUACUUAGAUCUACUUACCAUGGUGUCUUCACUGUGGUAUGUCGACUGCUGACGCUCCCCCGUCGACUCCGCCUGUAACUCUCGCUCCGGUGGAGUACCGGAGUCGACAGGAGAGUGCUCGGCGGUCAAUUUAUUGUGGCUUCACUAGAGGUGAUAAAUCGACCCCUGCUGGAUCGAUCACUCCAGAGGUAAGUGUAGACAUCCCCAUACAAUGCUCUUACAGCCCCUAACUCCCUGUCCCCAGCCAGGAUACUGGGUAUGGCCAGUUGCUGAUGCUGCCCCUUGAAACUAUGGAUAGCUGACAAAAUGUAGAACAACCUGAACGCUGCUCACUUACACUGGGCACUGGAUCAGCAGUGGACAAGAGCAAAGCCAUCUUGCAACCCACUUCCUAAACUGAACUGGGUGAGCAAAAGCUGAAUCUGGCAUAUUUUACGUUUAUGGCCAUGUGCAUGUGUGGCAUCUGGAUUGUAGUGAUUUCCAUAACAUUUAUCACAAGCCUAUGAUGGAAUUGCUUCUCACUGUUUCGCUUCUCUCUUCAGCUACUACAGGGGAUCAUAGCAUAAAGAAACUACUUUGUGAUAUAUUUCUGUAACCAUCUGCCAGAUUAAAUAUCUAGUUUUACACACACACAUUUUUUCAUGUUCUUUGGAAUUGUCACUGCAUUGACAUAAUUUGUUGUUCUGCUUUACUAUAAAGUCUUCCUUGGGUUCUAAAUAGACUUGUAGUUAAUUCUGUAGUAAACAAAAGUUCAACGUGGCUAAUCCACGGUAGAGUGAACUGCAUAUUUUAAUGGCUUUUUUAGGUAAAGGUUUACACAUGCAGCUGAAAUAGUCCAAAUGUCUUUCCUCUGUUGUUUAUAGACUAAAAAUAGUCAAACUGCUGUGCAAAUCAAUUGAUUUUAAAUAAUUUCAACCAAAGACUAACUUUAUUAUAUCUAGCUUCAGACAGAAUAAAGAUUUCACAUCUGAGUUUUACAAAACUCCUGGAAAUAAAUUUUUAUAGUAGAAAUGCUAAUAAAUUCUUAACAAGUAAAACCUAGCAGCUGUACAGUUGAACAUAGCUUUGUUUUUGAAUAAGAGAAACAUAGAAACAUAGUCUUACUGUGGCUUCAGACUUAUUUUGUCAGACUUUCGGACUAUUUUGCAUAAAUUUUCCUCAAGGAUGCCAUGUAACUAUUGCCGUUUGAAUUGCCCCCCCAAUAACAGUCCAGGAGGCUGUGGCUGCGUUUGAGAAACGCUGGUGUAGUAUAGGUAUUUUCAUUUCUAGUAAAUGAUGUGAAACUCAGGAGGUUUGUAGCUGUAGAACUAAGAUUUCAGAUUUCUGGUUAGUUGUAUGUAAAAUUACUGUUGCUAACUUCAUGGGGUUAUGCUGACAUCUGCUGGUACUCAUGAAAUAUUAAACUCCAAAUCAGACUCGUA